AUGGCACCCGUGCUUUUCGACUGGAAUAAUGGCUCUCAGAUGUUAGAGCUGCUGGAUUCUUUCGUCGAGUGGCUCUCUCAACCUCAUGUCCUUACGAUCAUCAUGGCCUGGGCCAUCACGUUUACGGCCGUUUGCACCCUUAUACUCUGCUUGGGCUUUGGCCCUGCCGGGAUCGGCGCAGGAACUAUUGCUGCUGCCUUUCAAUCAUACAUGUAUGGGGCCUUUACCCCAGCAGGGGGCAUUUUCGCGACUUUGACGAGCAUGGCGAUGCUAGGCACAAUGAUGCCGCCGGCUGCUAUUCUCGCUGCGGUAAUCGCCACAGGCGUGGCUAUACUGGUAUGGGUCUGGGGCAUCGGCAGAUGA